AUGACAGACAAACUCCCCCCUCCGUUGCUUGCCCUCUUCCAGCCGCGGCCGCCCCUGCGCUAUGUCACUCCUAUUGAUCGGGCGCCCGAGGAUGCAAAGAAGAGUACCAUCAGCGGCAUUGCCCAGUUCCUUCCGGAGGCGAAGAAGUUCGAAGAGGAAGCUCCGUACAAUGCCACCGACUGCUGGUUGCAGCGCAAGUUCCGCCAGAAGGCUGAGUCCAAGGAGCGACUCAACAAGCAAUUGACGGAAGACCUUGAAAGCUUUGAUCCUUCUGCCGACGCACAGGCUCGAGGCGAUCCGUUCAAGACGCUGUUCGUUGCCCGGCUCAGCUACGAUGUGAAAGAGUCGGACCUGGAACGAGAAUUCGGACGCUUUGGACCUAUUGAAAGGGUACUGUCCCAGAACGCAAACUGUGACGUUCUUUUACCUCCCCCAACCCCCCAAGAAAUGCCCACUGACAAAUCCAAGAUUCGAAUCGUUAAAGACAAUGUAACUCCGAAGGGCGCUAAGAAGUCGCACAAGGGAUAUGCGUUUAUUGUCUACGAGCGUGAGAAAGAUAUGAAAGCUGCCUACAAGGAGACAGAUGGUAUCCGGAUCAAAGACCGUCGCGUCCUGGUAGACGUUGAACGCGGUCGCACUGUCAAGGGCUGGAAGCCUCGCCGAUUUGGUGGCGGUCUUGGAGGCCGUGGUUACACCAAGGCUAUGCCCUCUCGACCCAUUGGACCAGGAUCGUUCGGAGCUCCUUCAGGACCUGGCGGAUAUGGCGGUGGCUUCCGUGGUGGAUUCGGUGGCAGAGGAGGCAGAGGAGGUUUCCGUGAUCGUGGUGGCUUUGGUGGUCCCCGUGGCGGCAUUGGAUACCAAGGUGGUCGUGGCGGAUUUGGCGGACAGGCUCCCCCCAACGCACCUUCUGGACCUGGCGGUGGGCGAAGUGGUGGCUUUGGUCGACACGACCGCAACCGAGGCGCAACCGGAAGCAACAGCGAACCUAUCAGACCCAGGGAUAGCUAUGGCGACCGCGAUCGACGGGACCAUGAUCGCGACCGUGAUGGUGACCGACACAGAGACCACAGAGACCGCGACAGGGAUAGCUACCGCUACCGGGACCGGGAUCGCGACCGCGAACGUGACAGGUAUGGAGGUCGUGAGGACUACGGACGGAAGAGAUAUCACGAAGACGAUGCCUAUGAUGACCCCCGCGCCAAAAGAAGAUACUGA